UACCUAUGUACAUACAACCUCUGAUUUUUUUUCUUGUACCGGCGACUUCAAUUCUAUCCGCUUGCAAUUCGUUCAGCUUACACUCAUGCCUUACCUACAUAUUCCUUGCUGUAUAUAGCUCGCCCCAGUGUUUUUGAUUCUUUACAUCCCACCUGCGCAAGGCCCAUGUCUCCGCUUCCAGACCAUCAAGGGCAUGAAUUUGACUGGAAGGCAUAUGCUCGGAGCAGCCACCUUUCGGCUCAGAUGGCUCUCUCUGCUUGCUCUACUGUUGUUGGCGACUGUCGCGCAUGGCAUGACCGAUAGUACCAUUUCUCAUCUUCGGCAAGAAACUAUAGAUAUUUUUUACCAUGGAUUCGAUAAUUACAUGGAACAUGCCUUCCCCGAAGACGAACUUAGACCUCUUACCUGCGGACCUCUUACUCGAGAUAGGACGAAUCCUGCACAUAUUGAAGUCAACGAUGUCCUAGGAAACUACUCCCUUACCUUGAUCGAUAGCUUGUCAACGUUGGCCAUAUUGGCUUCCUCUCCACCGCAAGAAAGCGCGAACUACAACAAGCCACUCCGAGACUUCCAAAAUGGGAUACAAUCGUUGGUAGAACAUUAUGGCGAUGGUAGCAAAGGGCCUGCAGGACAGGGCACGCGAGCACGAGGUUUCGAUCUAGACAGCAAAGUGCAGGUUUUUGAGACUGUCAUACGCGGCGUCGGUGGGCUGUUGAGUGCGCACCAGUUCGCGGUUGGCGAUCUUCCGAUACGUGGCUAUGAGCCCAAGGUUGAACAAAUCAAGAAAGGAAAGGAGGGCAUACUAUGGCCCAAUGGCUUCACAUACAAUGGGCAGCUACUUCGUCUGGCGACGGAUCUUGCUGAGCGGUUGAUGCCGGCUUUUCACACUCCCACGGGCCUACCAUAUCCACGUGUCAAUCUCCGCCAUGGAGUUCCUUUCUAUGCCAAUUCACCAUACAACACCGACUCAGAAUAUGGCCAAUGCGAUACGGAUCCGAAGAAUAAAGGAACUGAAAUCACGGAAACCUGUUCUGCUGGUGCGGGCAGCCUGGUGCUGGAAUUUUCUACAUUGAGCAGGUUGACUGGAGAUACCCGUUUCGAAAAGGCGGCAAAGGAGGCAUUCUGGGCGGUGUGGCAUCGGCGGAGCAGUAUUGGGUUGUUAGGAGCAGGGAUUGAUGCUGAGACGGGCCAGUGGGUCUCUCCAUAUACAGGCAUCGGAGCUGGUAUUGACAGCUUCUUUGAAUAUUCCCUAAAAACGCACAUUCUCCUGUCAGGACUGCCGUAUGACCUUAGCAGUCCAGACACCGACUCUCCAGAUGCAUUCCUAAAUGCUUGGGAAGAUGCGCACGAAGGAAUCAAGCGACAGAUCUAUCGAGGGGCUGCCCACCACCAUCCCCAUUAUACUCAGGUCGACUUAUACACCGGCGCGACACGAGCCUACUGGAUUGACAGCUUGAGCGCUUACUACCAGGGCUUGCUGGCAUUAGCUGGCGAACUAGACGAAGCCAUCGAGACACACCUCCUGUACACCGCCCUCUGGACUCGAUACUCUGCAAUGCCGGAAAGAUGGUCGACCGCCAGCGGGAACAUCGAGGGAGGAUUGCGUUGGUGGGGAGGCCGGCCUGAGUUUAUCGAAUCCACCUGGUACCUUUUCCGUGCAACCGAUGAUCCGUGGUAUUUGCAUGUCGGUGAAAUGGUUCUACAGGAUAUCAAGAGACGCUGUUGGACCAAGUGUGGUUGGGCAGGGCUGCAUGACGUUCGAACAGGAGAGUUGAGUGACCGUAUGGAGAGUUUCUUUCUAGGAGAGACGGCCAAAUAUCUCUAUCUCCUCUUCGACCCCACUCACCCUCUCAAUACAUGGGACGCCCCCUUUGUCUUUACAACGGAAGGGCACCCAUUGAUCAUUCCCAAGCGUCUCCGUCAACCUGGUUCUCGUGAGGAGUCAGCCGACAUAUGGCAUCACGUGCGAACUACAUGCCCUCUUCCACCGAAGCCUGUUCCUUUCAGUAUAUCUGCAACGGCCGCCCGAGCCGAUGUAUUUCACGCUGCAAGCAUGGCUCGCCUGCAUCUCAUGCCUACGAAAGAUACGAUAGAUUCACCUAUCAUAGAGUUCAAUGCCGACCAUCCCAGUAUUUCAGACUCUGACAUUCAGUCCCCUUCGAAUUAUACAUACUUUCCGUGGACCCUGCCUCCAGAGCUCAUACCCCGAUAUGCAACAAGUUCCACCAUGGCCACUCGCAUGACUUUCGAUUUGUCAUUCCCCAAUCUCCCUAAUAGUCUACAAGUUGGCACGUUACAGCGCGUAAACGAAGGCAUUCUGGUCAAUUCCAUCAGCGGUCUUCGGCUGGGAAUGAUCCGCGAAAAGGAGAUGCUCCCUCAGGGACAAGAUAUGGACCUCGACGAGCACUUCCGCAUAUACGCCAUUUCUAAUGUUGGUCUGGGCCGGGACGAGAAAGUAUACAUGUCGCGCGAGACCAUCGAGAGUUUCAAUCCCUCCGAUCCGUUCUUCACUCGGACCAGAGAUGCACAUGCAUUGGAUUUCGUUGUAGAUGCCGUCCCACUCCCAGUCACAACACCAUCCCCAACUAAGUUGGCUGACAUACUUGAUGAUGUGCUCGGUGAUAACGGUAGCUUGUCUGAUCUUGACGUCGACGAGGUGCUGGAAUUCAAUGCCCAUGUCGACGCUGAUGCUCUUUCGACCGAACCAUCAUACCUGUCCUCGCUCCUUGCCUCCCUUCAAAACCUGCUGGCAGCUUCUACCUCCCAACCUACUCAAUCUCCAUCUCCUCCAACCCCCACAGAAAUCCUCCGGAGCGCCCUUCACGCGAGCCUGCCAACCGGCCCCGGCGCCGCUCCACUCCCAGACGUACCUGACCCCGAACUUACCUACUCCGCCAAAAGGCCCCUCAUCUGGACCAGCAUCUACAUCCACCCGACCACCCUCUGCGAAGACCGCUUGCCAUUCGAAGUCCCGCGUGCCCACCAGAUCAUCGUGAUUCCCCGCGGCGGAUGCAGCUUCAGUACCAAGCUCCGCAACAUCCCUGCCUUCCCACCUAAGAGCACAUCCCUCCAACUGGUCAUCGUCGUCAGCUUCCCCGAGCACGAACAGCACGAAUACGACAACGCCGCGCGCUACAAAUACGAAGAGCACCAGCAAACACUCAAAGACAGCACCAGCCCCGAAGAAAACCAAGACGAAGACGGAAUCGAUGAAGCGUACCUCCUCUCCCGCCGGAAGCCAAAGCCCACGCCGACCCCCAUGCGCUUCAAUCCUCCGUCGAACAACCGCCGCGGCAAUAACGCUCCAGUCUCCCCCGGGCUCGUCCAGCCCCUCCUCGACGAGGUGCAGUACACGUCCUCCGGCCUGCCUCGACCCAAUCCCAUCCCGCUGAUCAUGGUCAGCGGGGGCGACGAGACGAUUGCUUUGUUGGGCAGGGCGAAAGGCGUGGGCGUCAGACGGAGGUAUUUCUUCCAGAGCCAGGGGGUCAAGAUUGGGAAUUUGAUUGUUUUGUGAUGAGAAUUGCUGACACGAAUAACAAUGAUAAGAGGAAUGGGUUGAGGAUACGGGAAUGGAUCCGAUGUGGUGGUGACGAACUGGUUGUAACUACGUAUUGCUUUCUUGCGCAUCAAUGAUCCGGAUUAGAACACUUAUAGAAUUACAUGUGAAAGCUAUCCAAAGAACAUGAUCGGACCACAAGGAGACUGGCACGGCUUUUUUUUAGACCCUUUGAUAUGUUUCUAUUAGUACAUAGCGAAGC